UCGCUCGCUUCCGGAGGAGUUUUUUUUGUUGUGGAGUGAACAAAGACCCAAGUUUUAGGUUAUGUUUAUGUUUUUCUUGUAUUCUGGCUUUAGACCGUUGAUGCAAUUGUGUUGUUCUAUUAAAUAAAAUUAGAAGUAUCAAGUAAAACAUAUGCUUUUUGUAUUUCUUGUAGCUUAUUUCUAGACUUUAUCACUAAGGGUUAACACCCUUGUGUUGAUAAAGAAGAAAUUUGUUGGUUGAGAUUUUACUUCACUCAUGAAUUGAACUGUUUAUGGGCUUGUUGAAAAGAUGAAAUCUAAAAGUAUGAGCAAAAGUCAAGCAAAUGCGGAAUCAUCAAUAAACGAAGAUUCAGGAGACGAUGUGGAUGAAACAUCAAGUGUUGGAAGUACGACAACCGACAAUGCGUCUUCCCGCAGUGAAACUCCCACUCAAAGAGGAGGGAGGAAAGGACGGCGUCGUCCUCAAAAAGCACAGAAAGUCUGCAAACUACAAUACAAAUUUGUUUGCAGUGUGAAGGAAGACCAUGGCCAGCCUCUGUUUGGGGUUCAGUUUAAUCACCUGUUGAAAGAAGGCCAGCCGUUGACGUUCGCCUGUGUGGGGAGCAAUCGGGUGUCAAUCUACCAGUGUCUCGAGACAGAGGGCAUCAAACUGCUGCAAGUGUAUGCGGACCCCGACAGCGAGGAGAACUUCUACACGUGUGCUUGGUCCUUCGACGAUGAGACUGGCAAACCCCUAUUGGCUGUGGCUGGCUCGCGAGGCAUAAUCAGGAUUAUCAGCCCUGUUACAAUGGCCUGCAUCCGUCACUACAUAGGUCACAGCCAUGCAAUCAAUGAAAUCAAGUUCCACCCUAAGGAUCCGAACAUUCUAUUGUCGGUCUCUAAGGACCAUACUCUUAGACUUUGGAAUAUAAAGACCGAUGUAUGUAUCGGAAUAUUUGGUGGAGUGGAAGGCCAUAGAGAUGAAGUUCUUAGUGCCGAUUUUGAUUUGAAAGGCGAAAGAAUCAUGUCUUGUGGAAUGGACCAUUCGCUGAAACUUUGGAAACUGGACAAGGACUACAUUCAGGAAGCAAUUCGUGCUUCGUACACUUUCAACGCGGCUAAGAGUGCGCGGCCCUUCGACUCUCUCAAGGAGCACUUUCCCGAUUUCUCAACUAGAGACAUCCACAGAAAUUAUGUUGAUUGUGUACGCUGGCUUGGAGAUUUUGUACUUUCUAAGUCAUGUGAAAAUGUGAUCAUCUGCUGGAAGCCUGGACAGUUGGAAGACAAGGAAUUGAAAAACAAUGAAACAAAUGUGACCACUAUUCACACACUUGAUUACAAAGAGUGUGAAAUAUGGUUUGUGCGAUUCUCAAUGGACUUCUGGCAAAAAGUUCUGGCGUUGGGCAAUCAGCACGGCAAGACAUAUGUGUGGGACCUGGAUGUCUCGGAGCCGAGUGAGAUCCGCUUCACGCUGCUUCAGAAUCCUCGCUGUCAAACAGCCGUCAGACAAACAUCACUCAGCAGAGAUGGAUCUGUGCUAUUGUCUGCCUGUGAUGAUGGCACCAUCUGGCGAUGGGACAGGGUUAAUCAAUAGAAUCCUUCAAUCAACAACAUUCAGUAUCUUAUAUCAUCAUAGUCUGAGUUCCAUGAAGACAUUUAUCACUAAACUCUUUCUAACCAAUGUUUCAAUUUACAUAUUUUCCAUUACCAUUGAUACUCGUGUAAUUGAGAUAAUGUGGUAUUCCAUUCAUGUUUCUGUGAUUUUAUAGUUUGUUGUUCGAAACUCUCCUGCAGCAAUCACAUCCAUUAAGAUAAUAAGUGUGACAAUUAGUGCCGUUUGCACAGUUUCAGUUUAAUCUAAAUUUUAUUUUAAUCUGGAUUAAAUCCAUAUCAAGUCUCAUUUGUUAGCAUGAGAUUCAUUUUGAGUUUAAACCACCAGCUGAUUGAAUUCAGUUCAAGCUAUAACUGUGCAAAAGGCCCUUAGUAGUUGUUUAUACAAUUUUUAUAUGAUAUUUCAAAUUAAAUUAUUCAGUAGAAAUGCAUAUCUAUUUCAUACCACAAACCAAAUCUUCAACACAUGUUCAUGUCAGCAGAUCUGUCAUUUCAACCUCAAAAAAUCUAUUACCUGCAUUUGGUUCGGAUAUAUUUGUUUGCAACAGAAAUGUGAUGAAGUGAGGAGGAUAUGAUGGAAUAAGGUUUAGUUGGUUCCAGUUUGAUUGAUUAAAGCUGGUUCCCAAAUAUCAAAACUUACUCAUCACCAAGGAUUUUCAAGAAAUCAGCUCUUUAUAGAGCUAGAUUAGGAAAAAAUCAGAUUCCAAUUCUCAUCAUCAUCAUCAUCCAUCAUGGCCUAGGCUUGUAAAGCCUGUUCCGGUGUCCACCGCUUCCUCGGUCUUCCGACGUCCCUUUUCCCAUCCAACUGUAACUUCCAAGCUUGUAGUGGAAGACGAGUUGGUGGCAUACGGCGCAGGUGAUUUGUCCAUUUUAAUCUGUAUUUUUAAUGAUUGCUGUUAGUGGUUGCACAUUGCACUCACUUCGAAUUGUUUCAUUAAACAAUUAAAAAAAAUUAAAUUAAUUUUGAAUUGUAGAUUCCAAUUCUAUUAGUAAAAAAUAUGUGUGACAUAAAUAAAAUCUUCUUUCCAACAUUUACUGAAAUCAAGAUCGGGAUUAAUAAAUGAAUAACAAUGCACCGUUCAUUAUCAACUGAACUCUUUAUUUACAAUAGUUAUCUAUUAUACAUUGAGUGAUGAUCUUUUACAAUAAUUUAUUUCAAAUGGUAUACUAAUUUCUGAACGUCUCGAGAAUGAAACAAUGGAUAGAGCGUAGAGCGUUCAAAUAUUUCGAAUUUAGUUGAUUCCAUAAUUAAUUAGGCCAUCACAUUCGCUUGAAAUAGACAUCUAUAGUAAAGUUGUUCAAAAAGAAAUAUUAUUGACCUUAAACCCUAGAAACUAUAUAUUACAAAAUAUUGCUGUUCUGAUUUUCCUGGAUUUGGUAGGUAUUUCCUCGUAUAUGUAUUGAUAUACCCUCUUAUGUUAAUUUAGCAUUAAUAAUAAGAGAUAGAAUUUAUAUUGAUCGAUUGAAUAGCUGUAGAGUAGUAAAUUGAGGAGUGUUAGGGAUGAUAAGGAAGUUGAUACUGAAUAGAAAUAAUUCACACAUAAUUCUGGGUGAGAAUAAUAGAUUCCGACCUUUCAAUUUCGACAUUAAUUGAAUUGGAUGCUGAUAGCUUCAUCUGAUAAAUUCAGAGAAUUGAGGUGCAAUAACUUGAGAAAUGUUUGGUGACUGAGUAAUCCAAUAGAUUUGCAAUAUUUGCUCUCAUCUGAAGAAAUGGAUGAGAAGAGAUGGAUUGAGAUUCACAAAACUCAAUGCUGUGAAUCUACAAUCCACAUUCUUCAAUCACUUUUCAUGUAAAGUGCGAGAAAAAUACAAAUAUUUUCCAUAGAAAUCUAAUUCCAUUCUCAAAUAAUUAUUUUUAGUCUGCACAUAAAUUUGAAUUUAUUGAAGAUUAAAAAUAGUAAUUUUGAUCUGAAUUUCUGUUGCUAGAAACUAUAUUUCAUUCAGCUAAAAUUCUAAGAUUUCUUAACGUGAUCAGUGAUUCAAAUAGUUCAAGUUAAUGAAUUUCUUGUCAUGCAGUGAUUUAGCGAUGUUAAUUUUCAAUCAUUAUAGAUUACCGGAAAUCAUCAAUAUUUUUGUAUAAAAUAUUAAUUCUAAUCGAAUACAGAUAAAGCAGGCAUUCUUUAAUACCACUAUUUCUCUUCUAAUCCAAAUUUUCCUCUCUUUUACACAUCUUCAUCGUUCAAUAUUUUUGUUUAUCAUCUAAUGAUACCAAUUUUUAUUUUGAAACAAUAUAUCCCGCUACAAAAAGUUAUCAAUUAUUAUGAUGAAUCGUAUUCUUGAAAAGUGAGCACUAUCAACAAUAAAACAAUACAUUUGGUAUUAUUAUCAAUUAAAUCAAGUUGAUGAGAAAUUAUCAUCUAUGAACACAUUUUUUAAGAAACUCUGUUGUCAGAAUUCUCAGGUCGCACGUGAUCAAUUUCAGUGCCUUUGACAUUACCUAACGACUGUUCUUAGUUGCUUAGUUCGAUCAUAAAAUGAUCACAAUUAUGUGAAUUAUUACAUUUGGGUUGCUCGUUGGAGUAAGUGAUAACGCGCCGGUCUAAUAAGAGUACGGUACCCGAGUUCGUAUCUCGACCGGGGCAAAAGUUUUUGACCACAGCACAAUCACAUUGAUACGGCCACCCCGUCUUUCGGAGGAGACGAUAAGUCGACGGUCCCGACUACCUAAAAAGUAGUCGUCAUCUCUCGUCGUCUAUUGUAUAUAUUUCAAAUUUUCAUGAAGUUUGUAAGCAAAAAGUUAAUAUGUAAGAUGCUUCCAAAUGGUGCUAAUGAUACAAUUGUUGCGAUAUCUUAAGGUGCGUACAGACUUUCGCUCUGCUCCGCAACCGAACGUCACUCUAGCAGAGCGAUUGAUGAUCGACCGGGGUCCAAGAGUGGUUCGACCGGGGAACGCGAGAAGAUCUAACAUCUUCCGUAACGUUCAUGAGGAGCGACUGUUGUUCGAUGGCGGUACGAGGGAGGAGCGUGCUCGGUGCGGGUCGGAAGCGCGAAUAUGUGUACGCAGCUUUAUAUUUUUCAUUCUAGACUAUUGUUGAACUCCGUUAGCUUGAAAUUUGAAUCAAAAUUUAAUCACCGAUUCUAUUUUCUUUUAUUAUUAUGUACGACCAUGUGUAUUAGUUCUAUAUAUUCAUUAUAUUUAUUAUUGUUGACUGAAUAUGUCUGAUGCUUGAGCAUUCAAUUGAAGGACUUGAUUGAAAUAUUUCAGCAAGAGCACUAAGGCCUACUAAAACAUUUAGCCCAUAUUUUUCAAGAUAACCAUUGCGAGCUUGCUACAGCACAUCAGAUUUCAUCCCUCAAUAUUAUACACUCAAAGCUUGGAGCUCAUGUGGGCAUCACUAUCAUAAAAAAUUAGAUACAUAAUAAAAUAAGAUGGAUAAUGUGACGCAUUUAUUGUAGAUAACAGUAUCCUAAAGCUUUUGUUAUUUUCGCCAUUUGCUAUGAGCUAUUCAGUAUUAACUUCCACUGAUGUUACCAAAUACUAUCAGCUUUUGUCUAUGAGAAUUCAAUAUUGAAAGAGUUCUUGGAGGGUUGAAAAUCAUACGGUUUUAAUAAUAUUGAUAAUAAUUUAUAAUAUCCUAUUUUAAGAGUACACAUCAAAAUUUCAUUCAUAAUCCACUAGAGAACAAUUAAUUUAUUUGCAAAUCCAUCAUAAAGUAGCUUACUAGUUCAAAACACACAGAUAGUCAAGAGAAAGACGCAUGCGAUUAAAAUAUCGAUUGAUAUAUUCAUUGAUCAAUCAAUUGAUUUAUAAAUAAAAUCGAUAGGUUGAUUUAUAAAAGACAAUUCUGUAAGUUAGUUUUCAUAGGAGUUUAUUUGGAAUUAUUAAUCGUGGAAAUACUUAUAGGUAGACUUUAGUAUAGUAAUAUAGUUAUGACGCAGAAAACAAAAAAGUAUUUUUGAAAAUGAAAAUUCAUAGAAAAAAUCGCUCAUCUAAUGUAGCUUUCAUUUUGAUGAUGUAUUAGCCAUUCAAUUUUUGUAAUACUCAUUAGAGAGGUUUUUUCUAGUAAACUCUGUUUUCUCUACUUCUACUAUGAAAAUAUGAAUUGACAGUAAAAUAGUCAUUCAAAACUCAGUAGCAGAACAAAUAAACUUAUAAUAUAAACAGGGGUAGAUGGGCACCUGAUAUAAAAUCCUAGUGUUUCAUUAGGAGUAGAAUUACUGGAAAUAAUUUAAUAUAAUAUUUAGGAACACGUUUACAGAAUUACCUUCAUAUUAGUCAUGUGAGGCAGUAGGCCUACAUGCAAGGAAUGUAUGAAACUGCUUGAUUUUUUCCAAAAUAAUACGGUAGUUUUGAAAACUCUUAUUAAUACAUUUUUGCAUUGUUGUUGAAUUAAUGACUCAAUUAAUAAAGGAGGAGAAGAAAGAUAAUUAGGAUGUGGUGGUGGAGGAGAAGGAAAAGAAAAGAAAGUUGCGGAUGAAGAAGAAAAAUUAAUUAAGAUUUACUAAAAACUGUCUCUCCCACAGUUUUAUCUCAUUAUAUCAGUAAGUUAUAAUAAUAUUGUACACUAAUCGGCCGAUUGAUUUCACUAUAAUAGGAUUACUUCAAAUAGUUGAAGUAGAAAGAAGCCUUGAGAUUUAUUGAGAAUUUCCUUUAAAUACACUUAGAAACGAAUAAGAUUUUAUACUAAUUAGAAGAUGGAAACAGGUAUGGUAGUCCCUUAAAAUAAAUUUUCUCAUUCUCAUAGGCAGGUACACUGUAGUAGCUCCAAAAUAUAAAUAUAUAAUUUACUCUUUUUACAAGUUGAUGUAAAUAUAGUUAAUCUGUUCACCAUUCAACAUUAUUAUAUUAUUAAUAUACAUAUAGAGGUUGUUUGGUACCGGUAACUCAACGUAGGACAUUAUUGGUAAUGGUAACUGAAAAAGGACAUUUCUUCAAGAUCAUUUACAUUUCCCUGCUAUGGUAUAAGAUUUCAGUUUGUGGAGUUCAGAACAAAAUUGUUAUCUCUGUUUCAAUAGACACUAACAAACUAUUAUUUUCAACGUAAUUUAUAAAAAUAAACUUAUUCAUCUGAUUUCUA